ACAUAUGACAAUAUGAUUUGUUCUUUUUCAGAAAGAUGCAUUCUUCCCUGAUCUUUUGCCUCUCAAUGGCAGCUCUGGUGGCCAUUAGCAUCAGCCGACCCGCAGCUACAGAAGACAGGAUACGAAUCAUGGUCCGAACUACCAUCAGCAGAAUUAAAAAAAUCAAGGAUGAGCACUUCCAGAUGUCUCCAGAGAUUGAUUUUGGCCCUGACAUUGACACCCCCAUUGAUGGUCUCACUUCUAUUUUCGUUCACUUGAGCUACCUGCGGUUAAGGCUGCGAGUGCCUCCAGCCCAGCACCUACAGCAGGUCCAGGUGGACUUGGAAACUCUCCUGAGCACGUUGGAGGGACUGGCCAUCUCACAGGGAUGCCCCCUGCCCAACCCCGAGACCCCAGUGCACAAAGAUGAAACGGCCUUCCCCGUUACCUCCAACUACCUGUACCUCCUGGAGAUCCAGAGGUACCUAGAGAAGCUCUGCCUGAACAUGGACAGACUAAAAUGGUGCAAAGACACGGACGUGGCUGAGACGUUUGUAUUCUGAAAUGUGUAAGCCAUGCAUCAUUCAUUCUAUGCAUCACUCUCAAAAAUGCACUUGCAAGGACUAGUUCUCGAAAUUAUUUGUUAACUUAUUAAACUUGAUUAAUACUUUUUGAAUUUUUCAAUUUGUUUUUUUACAC